AAUCUUAGAGCUUCCUAUUGACAGGGCAGGAACUGAGGGAUCUCUGGGGUAAUGAGCAGGUGCCAAGCAUGUUGGGGUCAUGUAGGGCAUCAUGUCAUCACUUGGCUUCCUCAGAGCUAGGGCUCAAGAGGCCAUUUGGGAUGACCUGGAGGUGAAAGUACUAAGGAAAAGGCCCUUCCUGAAUCUGUAUGGCUUGGGUAGAGGAAAGGAAAGGUAGAGAGAGUAUAGGUUAUCCCCUCUGACAGCAGUGCCAUUGGCAUUCUGCCCUUUCCCACCACCCCACCCACCACAGGAAACCAGAAUUUUCUUAGGGAUCCUAGUUCUAAUGAGAACUUGGUGAACUAGGAUAGUGUGGGGUACAAUAAUGAGAACUUAGUGUCGGAGAGCCUUUCAGUCCCUGAGUGCAAAUCUCCCCUUUUACCCUGCCCCUACUCCCACAUCUGUUGUUGCUUAUCUCAUUCUAGAAGUUUUUCUCUGUAUUGUCAGGACUGCUGCCCGGAUCUCUGGGGCUUGCAUUCCACUUUUUUGAGCACUGCUAUGUGCUCCCACUGUGCUUGGAGUUGGACAGAAUAGUGGGGUGCAGACCUAUCCUUAAGAACCUUAUGGUCAGUCUAGGAGAUUUCUUACCCGUAGAGCAAACAGAACUGUCACUGGGCUACAGGAGAUAGUGACAGAAGUCUCAGAGGAGAGAAAGAUAUCUGUGGUCCAGGGUGGCCAGAGUAGGUUCUCUGGAGGGAAUGACAUUUGGCCUAGCCAAGGAGGAAGGGUAGGUUUGGGGUAGACAAACAGAAGGCAUUUCUUAAAGUGGAAAGGGCAUUGUGGAUGACAAGCAGCAAAGGCUAUUGACCAAAAGAGAAGUAUUUCCUUCCAUGAAGGAAAAUGUUCUUCAAUUUGACAUUCCCUAAUGGUGGAUUAGUUGGUGAAGAACAUCUUGUGGCAGAAAAGCAAUGGUUUGGGAUUUUGGAUAUUGGAUAUGUGCUGGAUGUGUUAGAGAGGAGUAGAAAGGUAGUCCUAGUUGCUUCUAGCUGUCUGACUGCAACUGCCUUAUCUCUAGUUUGCAGGGCCUAGGGGGAGGAAUAGUGUCUUCUGGCACCCCCCCACCCCCAACACACACAUACCCACACACUUGUUUAUGGUUAGAUUUGUUGCCUCCUUUUAAAGGGACAGACUGCUGGGGGCCAUUGGUAGUUUUAAGGCUGAAGGGCCUGUUUUGAGCUGACCUGGGGUUUGUACCACUGAGGAGUGCUGAUAAGGGGGUCCAGCUGAGCCCAGGAGCUGCACGGAAUGGUGGCAGUCACCUUGCCAGUGCAGCGGGCAUGGACCAGACUGCAAGCUAGGAGAGCAAGGCAUCAGUCAGGAAGAGGGAACAAUCAGCUAGGCUUAAGGCCUCUUCAUCGGGAUGUCCCCAGGCCCCCCAGCCCAGGCCCAGCAUAAAGGCUGUGAGGGGGGGCCCCCCUGACCCAAGGGGGGACUUCAUGCGCCACGUGCAGGCGGAGCCAUUUCCAUCCUCAGAGCCAGAGGCUGGCCCUUCGCAGCCUGCAGUCAGGCAGGGGGCCCUCCAGGGUGGCCUGCUCAUGGGCUACAGCCCAGCAGGAGGGGCAACAUCCCCCGGGGUCUACCAGGUAUCCAUCUUUUCCUCUCCAGCUGGUGCCUCCGAGCCUCUUAGGGCCCUGAAACGAUCAUCCCCGCUUACUGAGGGUCCCCGGGAGCUCAAGAGAGGCCCUGGGCUGGGAGCCAGAGAGGGACAACCCCCUGAAGAACCAUCUACUGUGGGGCUAUUGGGCCCAGAGGGGCUGGGGCUGGGGCUGGGGCUGGGUGUGGCCAGCCAGCAUUUUUGCCAUCAUGGCCUGUGUGUUGUAGAACAAGGAGGUAGCUCCACCUCACCUUGGACUUUAGGGGCCCAGAAUCCCCCCUGGCCCCCAUCAAAUGCUUCCUGCAAUACUUUGCACACCAGAAACUGGGCUUCCCCAGAUCCAGGGGGACAGGGGUCCCUGGGGGAAUCCCCAGGACAAGCCCCUCCAGGCCAGCUGCACACACUUGACACUGAUUUGCACAGUCUUGCACAAAUAGGGGGUAAGAGCCCAGUGGUUAGGGUGGACAAUGGGGGCAGCCCCUGGCCUAGGGAGUCCCCUGGCACUGCCAAUGGGCACAGUCCCGAGCACACACCCCCUGGCCCUGGACCUCCAGGCCCCUGCCCCACCAAGCGAAGGCUGCUUCCAGCUGGAGAAGCCCUGGAUGUCAGCUUUGAGGAUGAGGGGCCAGCCCCUCAGAAGCGCCGGGGAACCCUGGGUCAUCCUCCUGCUGCCAACAGUUCUGAUGCCAAAGCCACACCCUUCUGGAGCCACCUGCUGCCUGGGCCCAAGGAGCCUGUGCUGGAUCCAACAGACAGCAGUCCUAUGGGACGGAGGCUGAAAGGUGCCCGUCGCCUAAAGCUGAGUUCCCUUCGAAGCCUCCAGAAGGGCCCAGACCUGCUGAGCCCCCCCAGUGCCUCCCCUGUUCCUACCCCCGCAAUCAGCCGUACCCUGUUGGGCAACUUUGAGGAAUCAUUGCUUCGAGGACGCUUUGCACCAUCUGGCCACAUUGAGGGCUUCACCGCAGAGAUUGGAGCUAGUGGAUCCUACUGUCCCCAGCAUGUCACGCUGCCUGUCAUUGUCACCUUCUUUGAUGUUUCUGAGCAAAAUGCCCCGGCCCCCUUCCUGGGCGUCGUGGACCUGAACCCCCUGGGGAGGAAGGGUUACAGCGUGCCCAAGGUGGGCACCAUCCAAGUGACCUUAUUUAACCCCAACCAGACUGUGGUGAAGAUGUUCCUUGUGACCUUUGACUUCUCGGACAUGCCUGCUGCCCACAUGACCUUCUUGCGCCAUCGCCUCUUUUUGGUGCCUGUGGGUGAGGAGGGAAAUGCUAGCCCCACCCACCGCCUCCUCUGCUACUUGCUGCACCUCAGGUUCCGGAGCUCCCGCUCAGGCCGUUUAAGCCUGCAUGGAGACAUCCGCCUGCUUUUUUCCCGACGGAGCCUAGAACUGGACACAGGACUCCCCUAUGAACUGCAGGCUGUGACUGAGGCCCCUCACAAUCCACGUUAUUCACCUCUGCCCUGAACCCAUAUGGGCUAAGGACCAGCCCAUCCUGCUCUAUCCUGGACAAAGCAAACACAUGGAGAGGUGGCAAUAGACCCUUCAGGCUUGAAUAGAAGCCCUUGCCAUGCUUAUGCCCAAAUUGAUAUUUGGGUAUUUAAAGCUUCUGAUCCUUACCACAAUUUGCCCUACCCUGGGUUCUCCAUGUGCCUGCCCCUACCCUUAGAAUUCCCAGGCCAGCUUAGGUAGUGGGGAGGAACUGGAGCUACCCUGAGGUUGUCCCAAGUUCCCAGGCAAGUCAUGCCAACGUUGCCUCCCUGUCCUGGGCAGGGAGCACUUAUUAUUUUAUUUAUUUUUAAUUUAUAAUUUAUUCAGAUUGGAUUGCCUUGGUAACCUCCCAAACCUGACAAUUGGCAUUGCUCCUCCUCCUUUUCUACUUAGAUAUUGCUCCAACUUCAGGAGCUCGAGAGGCUGAUGUAGGGGCUGAGGGAGAACUGCUCUCCCUCAGCUGAGGGCAGAGAGAUUAUCCCAGAAGGACUGAGUCAUUCGCCAAACACUCAACUUCUCCUGUUCUUCCCUAUAUUUUUCACUUCACCUACCCUCUGACCCCUCUCUGAAAGUCAACUUAUAUAUAUGUGUGUGUGUGUAUGUACACAAGCUUGUGUGAAUGGUAUGUAUGUGAGAAAGAGAGCGUGCAUGCAUGUGCACACACAUGGGGGUUAACUACCCCUCAUCUAGGGCUCCAGACUCCAGUAGUCCCUCUCCUGCUUGUGUCUCCUUGUUUUGGGGUCCUGACUGAGGAAGGUUUUCAGGGGGCAGAGUCAGGGCCAAGGACUGGGGUGCUUCCUCUCACCUGGCCAGACUCUGACCCACCUACCUCAGCUGGGGUGAGGGGUACCCCUCAAACUCAAUCAUGUGGUUCCCAGCUACCCCAUAUCACACUCCAGACUCUGACCCAGCCUUAGCCCUGACUCCUGGGGCUGGGCUGAGGGGAACAAGCAUUUGCUGAAACUUGAAAAAAACACAAACAAAAAACAAGGGGAAAAAUUGUAUCUGGUACUUUUUUUUUUUUUUUUAAGGGGAAAAAAAAGGCAGAAAGAAAGA